AUGUUAUCAUCAUCCGAAACAAAAAUUCCAAUCCCUGAACCGGGAAAGAGAAACAUCAUGAUUACAAGCGCUUUACCCUAUGUAAAUAAUUAUCCUCACUUGGGUAAUAUUGUUGGUGCUGUUCUCAGUGCCGAUGUAUUCUCUAGAUAUUGUAAACAACGUGGAUACAAUACAAUUUAUAUUUGUGGUACCGAUGAAUAUGGUACUGCUACUGAAACAAAAGCCUAUCAAGAAGGAUUAACUCCACAAGAAAUUUGUACCAAGUACUACAAACUCCAUAAGGAAGUCUAUGAGUGGUUCGAUAUUGACUUUGAUUACUUUGGAAGAACUAGUACAGAGCAACAAACCAAAAUUGCUCAAGAUAUUUUCUUGAAGCUUUAUCAUAAUGGUUAUUUGAGUGAAAAGACAAUUCAACAAUUGUACGAUGAACAGAGUGGCAAGUUCUUGGCUGAUCGAUUUGUUAAAGGAACUUGUCCAAGUUGUGGUUAUGAAGAUGCUCGUGGAGAUCAAUGCGAUAAGUGUGGAAAAUUAUUGAAUCCAACUGAAUUGAUCAAUCCACGUUCAGUCAUUAGCAAUUCUGAACCUGUUCUCAAAGAAACUGAUCAUAUUUUCAUCAAAUUACAAGAUUUGCAAUCCAAGACAAAAGAAUGGUUCGAAAACAACAAGGAUACUUCAUUGUGGACAACCGUUGCUCGUACUAUUACUGAAUCUUGGUUUGAAAAAGGUCUUGAAGAAAGAUGUAUCACCAGAGAUUUGAAAUGGGGAACUCCUGUUCCACUCGAAAAAUUCAAAGAUAAGGUCUUUUAUGUUUGGUUUGAUGCACCUAUUGGUUACAUUUCCAUUACUGCUGCUUACUUUAACUCAUUAGGAGAUGAAUCAGUUUGGGAAAAGUGGUGGAAAGAUCCUUCCAAUGUCAAGUACUAUCAAUUCAUGGGUAAAGACAAUGUUCCUUUCCACUCUGUGAUUUUCCCAUCUAGUUUGUUAGGCACAGGUGAGAAUUGGAAGUUGGUUGAUGUACUCUCUAGUACUGAAUAUUUGAAUUAUGAACACUUAAAGUUCUCAAAGACCAAUGGAACUGGAGUGUUUGGAGAUCAAGCCAAAGAUACUGGAAUUCCAUCUGAAGUUUGGAGAUAUUACCUUAUUGCUAUGAGACCAGAACAAUCCGAUACUCGUUUUGAAUGGGCUGAAUUACAAACCAAGAACAAUAAUGAGCUACUUGCUAACCUUGGUAACUUUACCAAUCGUGUGUUGAAGUUUGUUCAAAAUUCCUUCAACAAUACCGUUCCAGCAAAGGAAGCUGAGUAUACUGAGGAAGACAAACAAGUCAUUUCUUCAAUCAAUACUAAAAUUAAGGAGUAUAUUGAAAGUUUAGAAAAUGUGAGAUUGAAGGAAGGUUUACAAACCACCAUGCUCAUCAGUAAGAUUGGUAAUCAAUAUCUUCAAGAUCAAAAACCAUGGGAGUUAGCAAAGAGCAAUACUGCUCGAUGUGCAACUGUGAUUAAUUUAGGUGUUCAAAUUGUUGCUACACUUUCUGCUCUCUUGGAACCAUUUAUUCCUGGUUUUUGCAGAAAAUUGAAUGAACAAUUGAACUAUACUUUUAGCAAUUCAAUUUUGGAUGAAUUGGAUUUGAAUCGAGUUCCUGCUGGACAUGCUAUUGGUGAACCCACUGGUUUGUUCAAAAAGAUUGAAGACUCUGAGGUGAAAGAAUGGAAGAAACGCUUUGGUGGAGGUGAAGAAGAAAUUUUCCAAUUAGAUUUGAGAGUUGGCCAAAUUGAAACUGUUGCAGAGCAUCCAAAGGCAGACAAGCUCUAUGUAUUCACUGUAAAGAUUGCUGAUAAUAUCAAGAGAAAUAUUGUUGGUGGUUUGAGAGAAGCUUAUCCAGAUCCACAAAGUUUGAUUGGAAAGAAAGUUGUGGUUGCUUGCAAUUUAGUUGUGGCCAAGCUCAAAGAUGUCGAAAGUGAAGGAAUGCUUUUAGCAUCUAAACAAGAGGAUGGACUAGUCUCUCUUGUUACACCAUCUGCAGAUGCUCCUCUUGGCGCACAAGUUUAUCCAAAGGGCGCUGCCUUUAAACCUGAAAAAGUUCUCAAAAAAGGACCAUUGAAGAACAUUUUGGACGUGUUGAAGGUUGGAAAGAAUAAUACUCCAUAUUACAAGGCCAAUUUCCCACUUACUAUUUUUGAUGCUGAAAAGAAGCAAAUUGGUACUGUCGUCACAGAAAGGGAUAUUAAGGAAGGAAGUGGAAUUUUCUAA